AUGCACUGGUUACUUGCCAUUUUCAAUGCCCACGACUGGACCAUGGAGUAUGUGACAACGUUUUCUACUGAGAUAUUCUCGCUGCUUAACUCAAUAAUCUACUUCCACAAAGCUAUCCAAGAGCUGGAGCGAUCCCACGCAAACACAUCGUUAGCAUCGUUCCUUUACUCUAUAAUCGGUUGUAUUGGAACAUUUCUGGUGGCUGUAACUCUCUCCACUGCCAACAGUUGGGCCCCUUUAUUCCACAAAUAUGUGCGAAUGGGUCUUUCUGAGUAUGCAGCCGCUAUAUCAAUUAUCUUCUUUAUCGGCAUGCCGCAGAUCGGAGAAUUGGAUAGUCUUGAUCAACAACGAUUACCUGUGUCGACGUCGUUUCGACCAACAUCACCGGAGAGAAGCCACUUCAUCGUCGAGUUUUGGAAGCUUGAUGUAUCAUGGAUUUUCGCCGCAAUGAUUCCGGGAAUGAUUAUAACAACGCUCUUCUUUUUCGAUGUCGAGGUAUCUACAAUAUGUGCCACGAUCUCGCGAUACAACGUCCGCAAGCCAGGCGGAUACGCAUGGGAUGUCGUUCUUCUCGGGCUCACCACGGCAAUGUGCGGCAUACUCGGUAUCCCCCCUGCGAACGGACUCCUCCCGCAAGCACCUCUGCAUUCCGAAUCUCUUCUUCAUGACGAGGAGGUGAAGGACGAAGAUGGAAGCGUCAAGAAAAUCACCACUGUCCAUGAGCAGCGGUGGAGUCACUUGUUGCAUGCGAUCGGUAUCUUGGCAUUCGUGAGCCCGCCGUUGAUGCAUGUACUGGGAUUGACACCGACCAGUGUCUUGGCUGGCCUGUUUCUGUAUAUGGGGGAACAAAGUUUAACCGUGAACCCGAUACUGAUAAGAUUUUUCCACAUUUUGACGCCUUCGAGUGAACUGCCACCACUACCCAGUGGAAUCAAAGGCUACCGUGGAAUUCAUAUGUACACUCUGCUACAAAUAGUAGUAACUGCGGGCAUCUUUGCGGUCACACUUACACCUGCCGCGCCAGCGUUUCCAGUCAUUAUUGUGCUGUUGGUGCCAAUUCGGCUCAGGAUCAUGAACAAAUGGUGGAACCGGGAGACAUUAAAGCAUGUCGACGCUUGGGCUUGUAAGGAAGGAGAGUUCGAUGAUGAUGACGACGAAAAGGACCAAGUGCGUGAGGCAGCUCGUAUUCGUCAGUCCGAGGCAUCAGAAGCAAUAGUAUGA